AAGAAAAUCUUCGCGGAAAAAAGGCAAAGGCACGUGUAGAAGCCACAAGAUUAAGAACAAUCCAAAAAGUGCUGUUCUCUGCUUCCAAAUACAACACCGCCACCACUCUCUCCGAUCGCUCUGAGACUUCGAAAUUCCAAGCACCAAUCUUCAUUUUAUAACACUUUAACUUAAUUUUGCUCUCUCUUAGCUACUGUAAAUUUAUUAUCAGGUUCCUCAAUCCCCUGUCAGUCAUGGACGUCGAUCCUCGCCACUACGAACAAGUUGCCAUUAAAGACAACGACAUUCACAGUAUUGUUCUCUCAUAUCUGGUGCAUAAUUGUUAUAAGGAAACUGUGGAAUCUUUCAUUGCGUGUACGGGGAUGAAGCAGCCUGCAGAUUGUCUUGACGACAUGGAGAAAAGAAAAAGAAUUUUUCAGUAUGCAUUAGAGGGGAGUGCACUAAAGGCUAUCGAACUUACAGAAGAGCUAGCACAUGACUUACUAGAAAAUAAUAAAGACUUGCAUUUUGAUCUUUUGAGCCUUCAUUUUGUUGAGCUUGUCUGCACUAGGAAAUGCACAGAAGCAUUGGAAUUUGCUCAAACCAAGUUGACUCCAUUUGGGAAAGUCCAGAAAUUUGUUGAAAAGCUCGAAGACUUUAUGGCUCUCCUGGCUUAUGAAGAACCAGAAAAGUCUCCAAUGUUUCAUCUUCUUAGCUUGGAGUAUCGGCAGCAAGUUGCAGAUAAUAUGAACCGAGCUAUUCUUGCGCAUGCAAACUGCCCAAGCUACACAGCAAUGGAGAGGUUGCUACAACAGACAACAGUAGUCAGGCAAUGCUUAAGCCACGAUCAUGGCAAGGAAGGGCUUCCACCAUUUUCUUUGAAAGACUUUCUAAAGGGCUAGAAUGUGGACGAGUUUCAAAUACACUUGUGGCAGGGGUAGCCAUGGUUGCUUUACAUCUCAUUGCCACCGUAUAUGGUGAAAUUCUCAUCUGUAGAAGUUUCCAAGUAAGCUAUCUCAUGUGUCUUGGUGUUCCCGCGUCUGAUGAGGUAUGCCUCUUUUCAUAGUUGGCUGCAAGUCUAGUGCAUUUUGGUUCUGCACAGAAUGGAUUUCAUGAACCAAUGGCAUACGAGUGUUUGCUUGCCAGUCAACCUUAGGAACUUAGAGUAUUCAAUAGCCUAACAUCAGUUUUUGAUUUGGUGUAACUAGGAGUCUUGUUUAUUGAAGCAAGGUCGAGAUGGAAAGACCAUUCAUCUCAUCAUUUCUCAUAUGGAUUUGGGAUAAACUUUUGGAAAUUGUUUACAAUAUUUUUCAUUAGGCAAAAGCUGCCAGCAGCUGUGUGGUUGUAUAUAUAUAUUUAUAUUUAAGUUACAAGUUAUUUUCUGAAACCA